AUCAGUUGACUUCAUCUCCAUGAGUCUCAUUCGUUUGAUGAAAAGACAAAGGAGAUGAUCAAGGGAGCCUUUGGCUUCUCUAAGAAGUGUAAAGGGAAUUCAGAUCUGUUUGGUUUGGAGUGAUAUAAGACUAUUUUCUGUGGGACAAUGCGGAAAGGGAUAUCUACAGAAAAGGUUGAAGGCCCAACGUCCUCUGAAGAAAAUAUUGUAGGACUCAGGGCUUCUAUCUCAACUUUACUGGUGAGUUCCCCUCCACUAGCAUAAUGAGGAUCAAUUGGAAGAGCUGGUGAAGGGAAAAUCAUGAUAAGGCAUGAUAACUGUCUUCAAAGGGUGUCAUGCAAGAAGAUGGAUCAAGAUGGAACUGGGAAUGGCAGGGAAGCAUAUUUUGGGUAAACAUCAAGAGAAACUUCCCUGACCAUUGGCCAGAGAUGCCCAGCAAGAUGUUGUCUACCCAUGGUGUAAACCAUAAUAAGCCAAAUGGACCAGCAGUCCAAUUCAGUGCAAGUAUAUGUAAUGGUGAUGGUGCCAGCAAGGGCUUCCUGUUAGAUGUUGACACCCCACCCCUCCUUCUAUUUGUGUGCUCACCUGUUGGAUUUGCAUUGUCAUCAUGGGAAGCCUUGCAAAAACUCAAGGCUAUCAAGUUAUCAGUAGGUAUAAAUGUAGCAUUCUCUCCUAGCAGACUUUGGCCAGCUCUCAAUUUCCCCGUCAAUGAUUUUUUGAACCGAAGAGAUUCCUGUGCCUUGAAAAUCCCAUAAUUUCUUUUUCAAUUCCAUAGGCCACACAGCUUCUGUGAUUCUGAUGAGAUUUGCUUAAAUGGCCCCCUCUGCCCGAUGUCAUUGAUUUUAUUUCCUCAGUCCCUCUCAUCAGGUUGUUUGUAACUAAUUACACAUUCAGUCUUGAAGCUUGUAACUAAACCUAAGUACAAAUAUCCCAGCUCAGGUUUCCCAAUUGGAAAAUGUACAAUUUGAGAAGGAAGUGAGAAGAGAUAUAUAUGCACACAACAUUUAUAUACUAUUUGAUUGUAAUAAAACCUCAGAGCAGUCAUAUAAACAUUUUAAUUGUUUUUUGUUUUGUUUUUUGAUUGAUUGAUUGAUUGAUUGAUUGAUUGAUUUAUAUACCAUCCUUUAUCCAAACAUCCCAGCGGAGUGUACAAAAUUAAGUUCAUAAUUUAUACAGCAUAAUAAAAGCAUAAUACACAUAAUACAGCAUAAUAAUAAUAAUAAUAAUAAUAAUAAUAAUAUAAUAAUAAUAAUAAUAAUAAUAAUAAUAAUAAUAAUAACAGGCCCUCCACACCACAUUUAACAAGCCAUAGAUUAUUUAAUGGCUGAAGAGCUGGGUAAAGAGGAAUGUUUUCACCUGGCACCUAAAAAGAGGUAAUUAUGGCACCAGAACAGCCUCUCUGGGGAGAGCCUUCCAUAGAUGGGCAGCCACCACAGAAAAGGCCCAUUCUCGUGCUGUCACCCUCCAAACCUUGGAUGACAAGUGCAGGGUCCUAGUUAGUUCAUAUAGGAAGAGGCAGUCCUUAAGGUAUUGAGGUCCUGAGCCAUGUAAGCCUUUAUAGGUUAGCACCGGCUCUUUGAACUGGGCCUGGAAACUAAUUGGCAGCCAAUGCAGUCAGGCCAGGAUCAGUGUGAUAUGUUCAAACCAUGUUGCUCUGUUGAGCAACCUGGCUGUCAAAUUUUGCAGCAGCUGCAGUUUCUGAACCAUCCUCAGAGGCAGCCCCACAUAUAACAAACACACUACAGUAAUCCAACCUAGAGGUUACCAGAGCGUAGGCCACAGAAGUUAGGCUAUCUCUGUCCAGAUAGGGGCAUAGCUGGGCCACCAGCUGAAGCUGACAAGGCACUCCAUGCCACUGAGGCCACUUGGGCCUCUAGUGACAGUAAUGGAUCCAGGAACACAUUCAAGCUAUGUACCUUCUCCUUAAGAGGGAGUGUAACCCCCCUCAGGAGUGGGCAACCCAUCUAUCUUGUCAGGAUACUGUCAGCAGCUCCCAGCUAGUUGCCCAGGAAAGUAUAAAGAAAAGGAAAAAUUUCUUACCACCCAUUUUUAUUUCAGUCUUACAGGGAGAGGCUAUAGAACCCAGCCUCUUGGAUAAUGGUGUUGUCCCGAGUGAAUUUCCACCUCCGUCUCUCCCACUUCCUCAUUCAUCUCCUCUACAGGUGCUGCUAUGUGCCCUCUGUCUUUAAGCUCUUUGCUCUCCUACUUUUAAGGCUCGCCAGGUUCUGGGUCUGGGAUGCUUUCUAAUGACAACAUGUGAGCUGGGUUUUGUUCUGGCUCUCCCAUGAUUUCCCAGCUUUCCCCCUCAUCUCCCUCUGAGCUUCCUCAAACCCCUGUUGUCAAUCUAUACUGUCUUCAUCCUUCUCCUCCCUGGAAGGGUCAGGAUGGGGAGGCAGUCUCUGCCAUUCCUCCUCUGCCUAGUCCCUGACAAUCCGGUCUAAGGAACCACCUACUAACAGUGCCUCUGUCUUAUUUGAAUUGAGUUUCAGUCUGUUGGCUCUCAUUCAGUCCAUUACCGAGGCAAGACAGCAGUCCAGCACAUCUACUGCCUCACCUGCAGAUGUAACGGAGAAGCAGAGUUGUGUGUCAUCAGCACACUGCUGACAACAUACUCCCAAACUCUGGAUGACUCCACUCAGAGGCUUCAUAUAGACAUUAAACCACAUGGGGAAUAAAAUAUAUUUGAGGCUAUUAUAUGACUCCACAGCAAACUUUUUCUAUGGCAGUUUUGCAGCACACUGUAGAAAAUGACACGGCCCAUUUGGAACGCUGAAAGCUUUUGCAAUACCAAUAGAUCGGUCAAUGAAUGGUGAGGAUCACCCUGUGGAAGGAUUUAAAGCAAUGCUCAAGGCAAGAAUGGUUUGUGUGGCCACAUAUGAAUUGCCACAAAAAGUGGACACAAAUUGGCAGACAAUUUGCAUUUGUGAAUUUUAUAUGCAUCUACACAAGUUAUAGCUGAAUAAGUACACUAAGUCCCCUGUCAGGUUUUACACUGUAGGUUUUAAAUCUGUAUUUUACCUGCCCUAAUUUGAUAUGUUUUUUAUUUAACAGAAGCCAUAUGCCACAUACUCCACAGAAAGCCUCUAAGCAGUUUACAAAGAACAAUUCAAAUAUUCAUUAAAAUAAAAAGUACUGAUAAAAGCAAGCGCUAAAAACAAAUGGGCAUAAAAUGCCCGUGUGUGUUUGAAUAUUUGUUAAUUUAACAGAUUCCUUCUGAAAAGGAUAUAAAUGCCAGGUAAUGUCUUUUAAUUGUGUUUAUCUCAGCCUGUUAGAAACCAUUUAUUUAUCAUUUAUUUAUUUAUAUUUUGGUUUUAAUGCACUGAAUCGAGAAUUUAAAAAAUUGCAAUACAACAGCUGCAAAACAAAUAGAGAACUCUUUCACAGAGAUAACUGUCCUCUGUUAAGUAGGACACAUGGCCACCAUUGCAGCACACCUUCUAAUACUUCACACUCUCUUAACAUCCUUCUCAUCCUAAGAAUUUUUGUCCAAACCCUUCUUUCCGUGACAUAUAAUUGCUGUCUUCAGUGCCAGUACCUCCCAGCAACAUCCUCAGGCAAUGGCUACAUUUGGGACCAUGAAUUAACCCUGGGUGGUGAAAUGCCAUUUUAAUUCUGCAGUGUCCCCAAUGUAGCAUUGCUCCAAGGCACUGUGAGAAAUUGAAAUGCUAGGAACAAUGGGGAGCUGCCUUUUUAAUUUCCCACAAUGACCCCUAUUCCCCACACAGAGCUACCUCUGGCAUUGCUCACCCACUCUGGGAACUGUAGCUCUGUGCAAGACUAUGGGGAGUCUCCUAGCAACUUUCAACACCCUUAAACCGCAUCUCUCAGAUUUAUUUGUCGGAAGCUGUGACUUCCGACAUCAUAGCACUUUAAUUGUAUGAUUAGAAGGUGGCUGUACAUCCCAGGGGGAGGUGAGCCUUUUUUAUUCUCUUUUGAUAUAUAUGUAUUUGCCGUUUUACUGGGUAAACUUCCCCCAAAAGGCAACGAUUUGAAACACGCAAGUGGGUUUGAAAAGAACAUUGCUGCUGUUUGCUCAGUGGAAGGAAGGGAAAAAUCUUGGAUUGGAGUUACCAUAUUUUUCACUCUAUAAGACGCACCAGACCACAAGACGCACCUAGUUUUUGGAGGAGGAAAACAAGAAAAAAAAUAUUCUGAAUCUCAGAAGCCAGAACAGCAAGAGGGAUCCCUCUUGCUGUUGUGGCUUCUGGGAUAGCUGCACAGCCUGCAUUAGCUCCAUAAGACCCACACACAUUUCCCCUUACUUUUUAGGAGGGAAAAGGUGAGUUAUAGAGCAAAAAAUACGGUACUUUGUCCUUGGGAGUUGGGAGAUGGUGCAAGACUAUGGAGGGGUAUUCUGGACAGCUGCCCGGAGCAAAUGGCGUCUUUUUGUCUGGGAUCUGGCGUAUUAUGGCUCAUGUUGGCAGAAACCAAAAAUGGAAUUGCUGGAAGUGGACAAUAUUAGGGGAAAAUGUUUCACCAGAACUAUGAAGACCAGUGGUUGCACACUUAAAUGAAAACUAAGUGAAGGAUUGACAUCAGAAUGGUUUAUUGACUAAUUAAGACUAAUUAAGAAAUGCAAUGUAAUAUUAGAUUAUUAGCAUUCCGUGAAAUUCAGGGCAUGGGAAGUCACCUAAAGAUAUAUAAUUUGGCAAUAUAUUUGGCUUUUCUUUUCUUUUCUUUUUUGGUUGUAUUGUAUUUUGGAAUGUUAUAGUCUUGUUUUUAUUGUAUUAUUAAAUUGGAAAACUCAAUAAAAUAUUAUUUUUUAAAAAGAAAGAAUGUGGCUGUACACACCUUCCCCCAAUAUUGGCAUCCCUACCUGUUUGGUAUCCACACCAUGGAGUGGGAUAGCCUGAUGUCCUUUUGCAUUGCAUCCUGGUUAACGGCAAUCCCUUGACUUUGUUUCCAGAGUAUGAAGAAGUUGCCCAUUGACAGUUCAGAAUGGCAAAGUUAUUUUGAUGAGAGUGGCCAGUUACUCAAGUCAAAAGAGUUCAUUUCAGCCAAAAUCCUGGAGAGGGUGAGUGGUAGCUGGGAACCUCUGCUUGUAGUGUCUGUGUGUGUGUGUGUGUGUGUGUGUGUGUGUGCAUAGUGUUUUUUAUUUGCACUGUGAGCUUAGUUGUGUUUCAUUUCUCAUUUUAUUUGCACACCACUUGGAGAGCUUUUUUUUAUCAAGUAAGUGGACGUGGGUGGCGCUGUGGGUUAAACCACAGAGCCUAGGACUUGCCGAUCAGAAGGUCGGCAGUUCGAAUCCCCACGACGGGGUGAGCUCCCAUUGCUCGGUCCCUGCUCCUGCCAACCUAGCAGUUCGAAAGCAUGUCAAAGUGCAAGUAGAUAAAUAGGCACCGCUCCAGCGGGAAGGUAAACGGUGUUUCCGUGCGCUGCUCUGGUUCGCCAGAAGCGGCUUAGUCAUGCUGGCCACAUGACCCAGAAGCUGUACGCUGGCUCCCUCAGCCAAUAAAGCGAGAUGAGCACCGCAACCCCAGAGUCGGUCAUGACUGGACCUAAUGGUCAGGGGUCCCCCUUUACCUAAGUAGUUUAUAAAUCUUCUAAAUAAAUAAAGAUACAAGAUGGCAGUUUCGUAUGCGCAAUGUAAACAGACUGGAGGUGAUGAGGCAGUUUCCAUUUCCAUGCUUGUUGCUAUCAUUUGCCAUUGUUUUUACAUGCAAUUUUAGAUCUACCUUUUAAAUAUUCCCUUGCAAUGCUGAUGGUGUGCUCUUUCUCUUGGAAGCUGCUGUUUUUACUCUGGGUCAAUAUGGGGCAUCGGUUAGCAUGUUGAACUACAGCUGGGAAGGCCUGGGUUGAAAUUCCCACUCAGCAAUGAAGCUCUCACUGGGUGACAUUGGGCCCGUCACAUUCUCUCAGCCACCCACACAAGGCUGUUAGGAGGAUAAAGGGGGGAACCAUGUACACAGUGUUGAGUUUCCUGAAGGAAAGGUAGGAUAAAAAAAAGUCACACUCCCCAUUGCAUCCAGCCAAACAGCAUCAAAAGUUUUUAAUCAUGGAGAGAAAAGAAUAAAAUUAAUUUAAUUCAGGGGAGGGUUCUGGAAGAGACCUGAGAGGACAAACUCUAGAGUGGCCACUUAUGUAUCACUCAAGAUGGGUGGGGUAUAAAUUAAUUAAUUAAUUAUAUUCUAUUCUAUUAUUAUUAAUAAUAAUAAUAAUACAAAAACAAACAAUGAUACAUCCAAAUAGUGGUAUAAUACCAUGUGCAUAUCUAGCACAGGUUCAUUUUCUUACAAAUUUGAAAUAACUCCAAACAGACCUAAAAUCAAAGGUCUGUCUCUCCACCCAACCUCCAUUAGCCUGGAGCUGUUUUGUCUUCAGGAGAGACUUCAUUAGCACACCUUUGUCUUCGGUAGCUUUCAAAGAAAGAAACACUCUUCAAAAUGACAAUUUGCAACUGAAGAACCCUCUCACAUGAUCUAAAGUUAAGCACCACGUGAGAGGUAGCAGAGCAGAUACAUUAACAGUUUAUUAGUAACUGAUAAGGUUCCCAGAGAGCUCUUCUUAGAUUCAGUGGAAUUUUCCGUGUUAAACCUUCAGCAAUACACAUUCAAACACAGUUCCCAUUUCAAUGUCAGUUAAACAAUUACUCUUAACAUUUAAGACUGGGAAAAUAUGAAAUGCAGAGAACUGAAACUGUCAGAUUUCUCCAUCUCUACCUGUUGGACUGCUCAGUCAACCUCAAGACCUGUACUACUCUCUCUUCUUCAGGUUCUUGAUCUUUAAACCAGACUUGGACCAACCAACCAAGUUGUGCCCAGUAAAGCAGACUCCCAAAGCACACGCAAAUACCCCCAUAGCCUGCUACAGCCCUGCAUUUAUUUAUUUAUUUUUAUUUUGCAAACAUUCAGAAUAAUACUCAGAAGGAAGGUAAAAAAUAUAAUGACGCUGACAUGGGAGAGUGGAGUGGUUUCCUGGGAGUAUUGUUACAUGAUUCAUCGCUUCAGGUUUUUCCUAUAAGGAGGGGAAAUAAGCCUUUUAGAGGCAUCACUGGGGCAAGGACACGAUGGCCUUGUUUCUACAUCCCUGAAUGGCCGAGUGGGACUAAGCUGUCUAUGAGCAUCUAAUACAUGUGAAAGAUUUGUGACUUUCCUUCCACUAGCUCAUUUAGCACAUCUCCAGAGCCAAGGUGAGGUUGCCAUGGUAAUCGGAAGCCCCGGCAGCUUCGGAAAAGGAUUCUUCUCCAGGGAAGUUUCUUUUCGUGGUAAUGGAAGCAGUCUUGCCCAGCAGAUGUAGGUUUGGGGUCAGAAGGAUUUUCCGUUCACUGGCGUUCCAGCAGAACCUAGAGAGAACUGGAGAAAUCCACCUUGGGGGAUGAUAAUCAUCAGUGUUGCAGAGCUGCCAACCAAUUAAACUUGGAUUAAAAAGCUACAUUUUAAACCAACUAAAUAACAUAUGGGAGCGGCAACAAAAUGUUGUUGUGUGGAGUGCUCCUUUUUUAGGAUUCCUGCCAUUCCCUCCCAUUUCCCCCCUCCACAUUUUCUUCCCCAUCCCAACAGUCAGUCAACAUUCCUUGCCCACUGAGUAUGCUCAUUCCUCAUUAGACUUGGGUUUUGGGGGGAGGGCUUCCCCUCCCCUUAUGUUCCCCCUGGCACAGUAAUGUUUCUUUCUACUUCAAAAAAGCUUUUGAUUUCCUGAAGCCCGUAAAAAUUUCCGUCUUGUUCAUGGGUGAUACUGCUUUGCCUACAUAAACUAUGGCACUCAUAGUCUAAACCAUGGGUACGCAAACUAAGGCCCGGGGGCCGGAUCCAGCCCAAUCGCCUUCUAAAUCCAGCCCGCAGAUGGUCCGGGAAUCAGCGUGUUUUUACAUGAGUUGAAUGUAUCCUUUUAUUUAAAAUGCAUCUCUGUGUUAUUUGUGGAGCAUAGGAAUUCGUUCAUUUAUUUUUUUCAAAAUAUAGUCCGGCCCCCCACAAGGUCUGAGGGACGGUGGACCAGCCCCCUGCUGAAAAAGUUUGCUGACCCCUGGUCUAAACUUUGGAAAUAUGAGAAAUCAUCAUACAGACGCUCCACAAAUGUUUUAAGCAGCAUGAGUCUUGUCCACAGGCACACAGUGUAAACCAUGGAUGGUUCUUUCACAUGUGGUGGACUUGUAAAAGGGUAAAAGAGUAUUGGGAAAUAAUCCAUAAUGAAUUGAAAAAAUUGUUUAAAAGUACAUUUCCAAAAAAAAAGAAGAAGCAAAGAAUAACAGAGUCCUUUUUGUGGGGAUAAUCCAGACGGAAAUUCACAGGUGUCAAAAAUUAUUUAUGUAUGCUACUACUGUGGCCCAUGUUUUGUUAGCCCAAAAAUGGAAAACGAGUGAGGUCCCAACCAAAGAAGAGUGGCAAAUUAAGCUGACAGAAUAUGCAGAACUCACAAAUUUAACAAAGAAUAAGAGAACAAGAAGAACAUAUGUUUAGAGAAGAUUAGAAAAUGUUUAUUGAAUAGGUAAAGGUAAAGGUACCCCUGCCCAUACGGGCCAGUCUUGACAGACUCUAGGGUUGUGCGCUCAUCUCACUCUAUAGGCCGGGAGCCAGCGCUGUCCGCAGACACUUCUGGGUCACGUGGCCAGCGUGACAAGCUGCAUCUGGCGAGCCAGCGCAGCACACAGAACGCCGUUUACCUUCCCGCUGGUAAGGUUUAUUGAAUACAUGGGGGGAAAUUGUGUACACCUGAAAAUGUUGGCAGCAUUAAGAUAAAUUGAACAGUGUAACUAAGUUGUGAUGAAUGUAAUACAGUGGUACCUCGGGUUACAGAUGCUUCAGGUUACAGUUGCUUCAGGUUACAGACUCCGCUAACCCAGAAAUAGUACCUCGGGUUAAGAACUUUGCUUCAGGAUGAGAACAGAAAUCGCGCAGUGGCAGCGCGGCGGCAGUGGGAGGCCCCAUUAGCUAAAGUGGUGCUUCAGGUUAAGAACAGCUUCAGGUUAAGAAUGGACCUCCAGAACGAAUUAAGUUCUUAACCAGAGGUACCAUUGUAAUGGAAUACUGAAUGGUUUAGUUUUUGUAAAAUAUGCAGGGAUUUAAGAUAUGUAAAAUGAACCAUGGAAAGAGAAGAAGGGAAGCCAUUGAUAUUUUAAGGAUGUUUAAAUGGGUGUUUUAAAUUGUAAAACAGAAAAGAUAAUGAGAGAGAGAGAGAGAGAGAGAGAGAGAGAGAGAGAGAGAGAACCAUGGAUGGUUGUUGAACUCCUUCAGCUCCUGUCAUCUCUACCCAUGACCCCUGGUUGUGGCUCAUGGGGCUGAAUUCCAACAGCAUCUGGAGAACCAUAGGUGUGGUCGAAACCUUUGCAAUCCAACCCUCUACACAUUGCCUUGAAAUAAUUCACAUUAAGGACAGUGAGACGUGCUUCCAAGUAAGUGCCUUCUAGAUGUUGUUGGACUUCAGCUCCCAUAAAGCCCAGCCAGCAUAAGCCAAUGGCCAGGAAUGAUGGGAGAUCCAACAGUGUAAUCUCCAAGCAAUCCAUCUGCCAAUUAAUCCGAUGAAAAGCUUGAACAUUUUGCAUCUCCCUAUUACGUCUUUGGCAAAUUAGUUUCACCCACCAUGCAAGGGGUUUUUCAAGCAGUCUACAUGUUCUAAAGUUGUUUCUUCAGUCGGUGAGAAGUGCUUUCCCACCUUCAUUGGAGGGAAGGAGACAGCCACCAAAGCCCAGAUGAACCCAGGGAAACCUAGCACUUCUGAAGAGAGCUGUGAAAAUGUUCUCUCUCCCCCCUCAAGAGCUCCACAGUCUGUCAUAAAUGUUAGUCUUUGCCUUGAUAAAUUUAGCCAGUGCCAUGACCUUGGCAGAUCCCAUUUGUCUCUCGUGUAAUUUUAUCGAAAUUGCCAAGUUAUUCCACAUCUGCAUCCUUUUCCCUUCUCAUCUAAACCACAGCAUCUGUCCUUGGGACUUGGAGAGUGCUUAUUCUCAACCUCUGAACUUGUUGCUUUUCUACCUGGAAAAGCAGUUUGAUUGCCACUGAUUGCUUACUCAAGUUUAAUUAUUCUCUAGCGCUUUUAAUUUGGCUUUGGGUGAAAGUAUUCUAUUGGUUAGUUUCUGCUGGCAUCAAAACACAGCUAAGCUGUUGAGGGUAUGGAUGCAAGAAGGCAUCAUUUUCCAUUCCACCCUUUAUCCCUUUAUUCAGUACAUGCAGCACUGUUUCCAUUCCACUGCAGUUCACCUUUCACUGGAAAGGACGUUCUUUUUUCACCGUCUGCUAUAAUGCAAUUUACACGACAUAAUUUACAUUGUCAUUUUAUUAUUCCAACUCAUUCAUGCCAGUGCGAAGGAAACACAAUGCAAAGGGUGGGCAGGAUGUAAUCAUUUGCAGACUGAACGCAGCAACAGUGAAUACCCAAUGUAUUGGCUGGGUUGAUUUAUAUUCCAAACAAAGGACAAAUAAAUGAACAUUGACAAUUUCUGCUCCUGUUUCUGUUUUCGUUGGAAUUCUCUGACAUUUCAUCCCAGUGAAAUGGGGGAAUCCAGCUGUAGUCUCAGACUAUGAAGCUGUUCCUUCAGGGGGAAUGCAAGCCCUCCCAGGAUAGGUCAUCCACCUAAUUUUUGGACACAGGAACUACCUCAACCACAGCACCUCUGUCUUAUCGGGAUUCAACCUCUUACAUAGCCUUUCACUUCUUGCCCAGACUAUAGACAAGGGACCCCCAAACUCAGCCCUCCAGAUGUUUUGGGACUACAAUUCCCAUCAUCCCUGACCACUGGUCCUGUUAGCUAGGCAUGAUGGGAGUUGUAGUCCCAAAACAUCUGGAGGGCCGAGUUUGGGGAUGCCUGGUAUAGACCCUUGUGGUUGGUUGGGGGUGAGGGAGAUGGAUGAGUAAGCUACCUGACACACCUUUUUUGGCCUCACCCCCUCCUUUUGUUGUUGUUGCAGGGUUUGGAUCCCUCUGUGAGAUCAGAAGCAUGGAAGUUUCUCACAGGCUAUUACUCCUGGAGGAGUUCCUGUGACGAGAGACUGACAGUUGACAGCAUGAGGCGGUGUGUGGAUAAUGUCAAUAUACAGUUUAGUCACUAGAUGGCACUAGACUUAGUUGUGGCUGGGUGGAGGCAGGAGCUUCCUGUGGCUCUUGUCUCCUCCCUGGAAGGAGACAAUAAAGUUCUUGUAUAGAGUCCUGUCUUAGAUGACAGUAAGAACAUGAAACAGGUCUGUUCUUCCCCCCCCCCACUACACACACACAAAUGCACACAUACACACACACACGUAGCACAGAUUGGUCCAUUAGGGCAAAUGGAGCAAUGUCUCACUCUUCCCUCAGCCACGCCCACCAGCCUGUCUUCUUACCCACAGCCAAUCAGGGUGUGGCUCUGCCUGUCCUUGGAUCUGGCUCCACUUACCAUUGGUCUCCCUGCCUUCUGCCCCACCAGCCAAUGGGCACCAGCCACUGCUGCACAUAUGAGCUUGGGGCAGUCCUCAAAAGAACUUCACAUCAACUAAAAUCCAAAAUAUCCCAUGAACAUUAAAAUUGGAGAGCAUGUUGAGUUAGAAUCACAGAAUCGUACAAUUGUGGAGUUGGAAGGGGCCCUGCAAUACAAUUGCCUGCUAUGCAGCGAUCUCAACUAAAGCAUCCAGCUUGACUCCUUUCCUAAGGAGUGUUGCAUUCAGUUUGACAGACCUUUGUACAGGGGAGGAAUGUGUCUGUUUUUAAAAGUUUUAAGGCACUGGGGAAAAGAGAUGCACCUAUGGUGAUCGUCCAGCCUCCUAUUCUGCCCAUAGCUGUCAACCGUCCCUUAUUUGGCGGGAAAGUCCCUUAUCCCAGCACCGUGUCCCGCUGCUGUCCCUUAUUGAUGAUGUCCCUUAAAUUUCCCGGGUUUCAAAGGAAGCAGCUCCUCUCCCUCCCUCCCUGCCGGCCAGGGAGGAGGGAGGCUCCAACUGUGUUGCUUGUCUGCAUUGCUCACCCAAUAAGGAGUCUAAGAACGACUGGGGGGUGGAGCUUGCAUGCCUUGAGCCGAUCAAAUCGGCCACGUUGCCUGGGGACUCGCCUUUGCUCAGCACUUCCCAGCGGAGAGAUGACGGUGGUUUUCCUUGCUGCAUCCCCUUUGCCAGGUUGCUGUGCUGUGGGAACCACCGCUUGAGGCUUUGUUUGGCUACUGGGUGGGCUUUCUGCCUUUGGCUUGGAGGGGCUCAAAGUUGAACAUACCGGUGCUCCGAAAAUCCCUUAUUUUGGCUGCUGAUCCCUUAUUUUCGAGGCUGCUGGUCCCUUAUUUUCAAAUCUGUAAGUUGACAGCUAUGGUUCUGCCCCUGUUGCUGCCUUUGCCCACAGGAGGCCAAAGUGUCUUGGGAAAACAGAUGAAGGAACAAGCAAACCCAGUGGCAGCACUUAAUUCACUAAGGCAGUGGCAGAAGUCCCAGCUGCAGGUCUGGCUGAUAGUGGCAGCCUUUUUAAUAUCCCCACAAUGCCCCCACAACAUCACUUCAAUUUGGGCACCAUAAGAAAUUCAAACAGAGGAGGGGUCCACCAGAGGGCACUGGCUUAUAUUCUGUUCUGUGCAGUGACUAUUUCCACACUUCCUUGCAGGAAAAGUUACGAAUCUUUGUGCAACAUGUGUGAAAAGAUCCAACCUCUGCUGGAAACGGAGCACAGGGAUUUCAUGGAGGUGCGAAACAUCAUCAGUGAGUAGUCAGGAGGGCAGCGAUCAAAAUGAAGGGAGCUUUCACAAUAAAUGGGAUCUGGGUUUUUACCUAGGUGGCUGAAAUGCAAUCAAUGGGCAUUAGGAAACUUACUGAUCCUAGGUUAAACCAUUGCUCCAUCUAGGCUGGGCGUAAUGAGCAUGAUGCCCUCCAAUCCAGAUGUUGUUGAACUCCAAAUCCCAUCAGCCUCAGCCAAUAGUCAGGGAUGAUGGGAGUUGUGGUCAGCAAGAUAUGGCAGGCAUCCUUUGCCUACCCCAGAUCUAGCCCACUAGAAGGCAGCCCUGUUUGGGGAAGUUUUUAAUGUUUGAAUGUUUUAUCGUGUUUUUCAUAUUCUGUUGGGAGCUGUCCAGAGUCGCUGGGGAAACCCAGCCAGAUGGGCAGGGUAUAAAUAAUAAAUCGAUGAUGGAGAUGAUGGUAAUGAUAAUGGUGAUGGUGAUGGUGAUGUUAUUUGACUGGCAGCAACUCUUUGGCAGAGGUCUUUCUCAUGACCUGCUAUCUGAACCUUUCUAACUGGAGCUGCUGGAGACUGACCCCUAGACAAAGUACAGAUUUUACCACUGAACUAUGGCCCUUCCCCAGCCACAUCUCUUGUAGGUCUAGCAUAAACAUGCUUUUAUUUACCCUUGUCUUUGUUUUGAAAGCUUUCUAAGAAAGGUCUGCUAAAUUGGAAAGUAUCUCUGGCCACCUCCAACCACCUAAUCCUGGGGCAGCUGCCAUGGGGCCAUCUCGACGUUUUGCAGGGCAACUCACAUCCCUAACAAUUGGCCAUGCUGGCUGGGACUGACGGGUUUGGAGUCUAACAUCUGGAGGGCCACAGGCUCACCACCACCACCAUGAUUGGUUGUCUCUGGCUUGAAAAGAGACCUCAUUUCUACAGGAUUACAGCCCUAUUAGUAGUGAAGAAUUGUGUUACUGAAUCACCAUUACCUCUGAGUGGUCUGAUAAUUCUUUUCACCAUCAGCACACCACUGCGAAACUAUGGAGAGAAGAGAAUCCUUUGUGCGUUCAUGGUGAAGUCAUCUUCAUUGCAGAUUCAGUGGUUUCCAUCACCACAGGAACACACUUUGUCUUAGUUUUCAUGGCUUAGUACGAAUGUGUGGUCUCCCAGAGUUAUGACUAAGUUGCUGUUUCUUGAGUCCUCCCAUUGCCUUUUUGUGAGCUAACCCACAGUUUGGCUUAGCACAUUGUCCAAACGGCCAUGGCUUAGCCAUUGUGUGGCUCAGCCUCUCCUCUGGACUGGGUUAUUGAAAUGAAUUUUUGAAAUAAAAAUCUGUUUAGAUAAAAACGAUUUUUAAAAAUUGUGAAUAAGUUUGAGAAUACAAGAUGUAAGGUCACAGGAAUCUCAAAAAGCACUUGAUAAGCAUAAAAAAUGAUUUACAAAGAACAGUUUAAGACUACAUAUGACAUGAACAUACACACACACACACACAUGAAUGAUGGUUACUGUUGCGUGACAAUUUCAAUUUUUUCAAACACUUCAAAUAUUACAUAAGAUUUGCUGGGUUGCAUCCAAGUUCAUACUUCAUCAGAAAGAAAAUGGGUAAUUUCUUGCAGUUGUCAGCUGUAGAUCCCCCUAAAGCAGAUUGUUUGAUUUUUCCAAAUUGUAUCUUGUUCAUCCAGUAUGGUUCUUCUAAAACAGGUAUCUUCAACCUUUUCAGACCCAGGACCCCUUUCUGAAACGUUUACCCUAUACAGUGGUACCUUGGGUUAAGAAUGUAAUUCGUUCUGGAGGUUCGUUCUUAACCUGAAACUGCUCUUAACCUGAGGUACCACUUUAUCUAAUGGGGCUUCCCGCUGCCGCUGUGCUGCCGGAGCACGAUUUCUGUUCUCAUCCUGAAGCAAAGUUAACCCGAGGUACUAUUUCUGGGUUAGCGGAGUCUGUAACCUGAAGCGUCUGUAACCUGAAGCAUCUGUAACCCAAGGUACCACUGUAUUUGCCUGGUGGUUGAGCUCCUGCUGUGACCCACCUUUGAUCAGACAUGACCGACUAGUUGAAGACCAGUCUUCCACAAUAUCUUAAAUCAUUGGAGCUCUGCUACAAAUACUUUAAUAGCAUUGCCAAAUUUGCAAAGGAGCGAUUGUGUCUUGCAGAAGGUUCCAGGUUCAAUCUCAGUGGGGCUGAGAGAGACCCCUGCUUAAAGAGAGAGAGAGUUGCUGCCAGUUGCUGUAGUCAGUACUGAGCUAGAUGGAGCAAUGAUCUGACUCAGUAUAACACAGCUUUCUGUGUUCCUAUGGUGUUCAAAACAUGUGGCUACUGCUCCCAUGAUAUUUCACACAUGAGUAUCAGCAGUGUGGCUUUGUCUCUUUUCUCCCUCACUCUUGGGCUACUUCUCCUUCAUUGUUUUGUGUGCAUAAGGCUGUUUCGAUUGCCCAUACCUGAAAUAGAGCACCCUGAGCUUGUUAAGGGGCAGGAAAGGGUUAACAAAAUGUAAUUAUACAAAUGUAAUGCACACAUAAAGGACGCAGGUGGUGCUGUGGUCUAAACCACUGAGCCUAGGACUUGCUGAUCAGAAGGUUGGCGGUUUGAAUCCCCGUAACAGGGUGAGCUCCCUUUCUCAGUCCCUGCUCCUGCCAACCUAGCAGUUCGAAAGCAUGUCAAAGUGCAAGUAGGUAAAUAGGUACCGCUACAGUGGGAAGGUAAACGGCGUUUCCGUGUGCUGCUCUGGUUCGCCAGAAGCGGCUUAGUCAUGCUGGCCACACGACCCAGAAGCUGUACGCCGGCUCCCUUGGCCAAUAAAGUGAGAUGAGUGCCGCAACCCCAGAGUCGCCUUUGACUAGACUGAAGCAUCCAGGAGUCCUUUACCUUUUUAAUGCACACAUAUGUGAGAUGAGAGAGAGGCUCCACCUACACUGUGCAUUUAAAGCAGUAUUGUACUACUUUAAACAAGCAUGGCUCCCCCCCGCCCCAAAAAACCCUGGGAACUGCAGUUCAUUCAGGGUGCUGAGAGUGGUUAGGAGACUCCCUAUAGUCUUCUCACAAAACCACAGUUCUCAGAGUGGUUUGACAGUCAGUCCCUCUUCCCAGGGAAUUGUAGCUCUGUAAGGGAAAUAGAGGUCUUCUAGCAACUCUCAGCUCCCAGGAUUCGUUGGGGUAAGCCAUGACUGUUUAAAUUGGUAUGCUACUGCUUUAAAUGCAUAGUGCAGAUGGGGUCAGAGUUAGAAAAUGAUGUUCCCAAAGUCCAAGGCCACAAAAGCACCAAAGAGUAUAUUUUCUCACAAAUGACAGGAAGGCAGCACGUAAGUGAUUAUUAUGAUUAUAUUCAGAUUCCCAUGCAAGCGUCUCCCAGUUGUAUAACAAAAAGAAUAUUAAACGAUACCGCAGAAUUAAUGUUACAAAUCAAUGUAAUGGUCAUAAAUCUGGCCAAGGGAGCCUAGAGAAAGAUUUACAGCUUAGGUGGGACCCAGGCGGGACCUUCAGAAGUAAUAGAUAUUCCAUCUCGGCAGAGGAUUCCUUAAGCAGGUCACAUACCCAGGGAAAUGUUCCCCUUUAUUACUGCCCUUCGUUCUCCCAGGAAUUGGUCUAAAAUGAAAUCAUUUCCCACUUUUAUAGAAAAAGAUAACGUGUUAGAUAGCAGUUCCUCAACGAUGCGCACUUCAAGGGCACUUGGGGUUUCAAGACAUCUCACCUUCACCAUUAGAGUUUUGAAAUUUCCUGUCUUGUUUUAAAUCGCCUCACUGCCUUUUAUUUUAGAUCCCCCCUUUUUUACAAUCAGUUUCUUCACUUGACUAUGAACUCUUUAACCUCUAGAUGUGUGGAUGAAUUAGCAUACAUAAAUGAGCGGUUUUCACUUCUCUUGCUCUUCUGAGAAAAACAGCAACUCUAUUGGUUGCUAAUAUAAAAGGUAAAGGGACCCCUGACCAUUAGGUCCAGUCGUGGCCGACUCUGGGGUUGCAGCGCUCAUCUCGCUUUAUUAGCCGAGGGAGCCAGCGUUUGUCCGCAGACAGCUUCCGGGUCAUGUGGCCAGCAUGACUAAGCCGCUUCUGGAGAACCAGAGCAGCACACAGAAACGCUGUUUACCUUCCCGCUGAAGCGGUACCUAUUUAUCUACUUGCACUUUGAUGUGUUUUUGAACUGCUAGGUGGGCAGGAGCAGGGACCGAGCAACGGGAGCUCACCCCGUCACGGGCAUUCGAACUGCCGACCUUCUGAUCGGCAAGUCCUAGGCUCUGUGGUUUAACCCACAGCGCCACCUGCAUCCCAUACAUAACAUAGGUAAUGGGUAAAGGCAUUGGCGUAGCGUGGGUUGUCAGCACCCGGGGCAAGGCAAGUAAUUUGCGCCUCCUAACCCGUGCAUUUUAGCAGGGGCAGAGAGCUGCGAGUGCGAGCGCGCGCCCCCCAGAUGUUGCGCCCGGUGCGGCCGGCCCCCCCUGCACCCCCCACGCUACGCCACUGGGUAAAGGGACCCCUGACCAUUAGGUCCAGUCAUGACCAACUCUGGGGUUGCGGCGCUUAUCUUGCUUUAUUGGCCGAGGGAGCCAGCGUACAGCUUCCGGGUCAUGUGGCCAGCAUGACUAAGCCGCUUCUGGCGAACCAGUGCAGCACACAGAAAUGCCGUUUACCUUCCCGCCGUAGCGGUACCUAUUUAUCUACUUGCACUUUGACAUGCUUUCGAACUGCUAGGUUGGCAGGAGCAGGGACCGAACAACAGGAGCUCACCCCGUCACGGGGAUUCGAACUGCCGACCUUCUGAUCGGCAAGUCCUAGGCUCUGUGGUUUAACCCACAGCGCCACCCGCGUCCCUUAGUGGUUGCUGACAUAGCCAUGCGCUAAUGUGUUUUUUUUAGCAAACUGACUAACUGGGAAUCAUGGUGAGGAGGGAGUAGAGAGUUGCAACCCAGCUGGAAUGGAUCUGGAAUGAAUCUGCAGUUUUUGCCUGUGUCUGUCUCUGGAAGUGGUGGUAGUGUAAGGGAGAAGGACUUCUGAUUGCAGUAGCUGCAGAUCCAUUCCAGCCUUUACCUUUACCUUUACAUCUAUCUCUGUUUCAUGGCUCUGUCUCUAUCAGAGCUCUACUCAACACCUUUCAUGGAGAGCAGUCUGUUGGGACAAGCAGUGCCAGAUUUACAUAUAAGCUAAACAAGCUAUAGCUUACGGCCCCACUCUCUUGGGAGCGCCAAAAAAUUUAAAGGAAAAAAAACCUGGAUGUACAUUUCCAAAAUAUAAGAUAAAAAACAAAUAAAAUAAAACCUACAUACAGCAACAGUGUUUUUUGUUGUGUAGGCACCUGUGAUGUAAGUAAUGCAGUUUAGGGAAUACAAAUUUCACACUUCUGAAGAAGAAAUAGAAAAGGCCAUGUUUCUUAGAAACUGUGCACACUGGCUGAAGAGUGUGCAUAUUGCCCAGAGAAUGCACAAAAUGCAGUUGAGAUGUGUCAUUCCCCAAAGCCUGUUGGAGGUCAUGCAUAAUGGCCAGACGAGGAACAAAAUUCAGUCAAUAUAUGCAUAUUACCCCAAGACCUGGUUGGGGAUUGUGCAUAAUGACUGGAGAAUGUACUAAAAUCUAGUCAAUAUAUGGGCAUUUGGAGUUGGAGGUGUAUGGAACCUACCAAGACCCACACCUCACUUGGGUCCAUUGUCAAUCUGGGAGCCUCCUGAGCAAUUGCAACAGCAGGGAGGGCACUCAAAAGAGGGGGGCACUGAGAGAAGCUUGCCCUACCCCACAAACGAAAAACAAAAUACCCUGGGGCCAUUGCCAAAAAGCACAGUAGGUGACAUUCAUGAAAAGAUCCAAAGAUUAUAAGGAGACUGUUGGAAUGAAUUAGAAGGAGAAAGAGGAGAUACUAAUGUGCAAAUGAGAUGUUUUAAUGCAUGCUGUGAGACCAAUCAGCAAGUGAAUGUACUGCCUGGCUCACUGGCAUCUACUACAGCAUAAAUUAUAAUGGUUGAGAUUGAAUCCAGGUCUUUGCUUGCAGCAAGCUGGCAAUAUCACUCAGAGGGGUUGCAGCACCUUUCUCUCCUUGUACUCUGGCUUGGUUUGUGGCAAUAGCUCCAUGUGGCCAUUUCUUUUUCCACAGAAUCUGAUGUUCAGAGGCUUUACAUCAAAGAUGCACAGGGCAACACACUUGUAGACAAAAGCCAGCUGGAAAAGAUCCUUCUGCUGAACUAUGUGUGCAAUGUGAAAGCUGGUAAGUAGAUAAACAGAAAAUCCCAUCGUAUCUGGCCUUUGUAGAGGUUAAUUCUAAUGCCAUUGCCAACCUACACUAUUUUAGUUUUUUCUGGUUUUCCUCCCAUUUUUCCCAGACCAGAUUUCUGGCAUAUACAGUUGUUGUUUAAAUACAAUUACAUUUCCUACUUGUCUCAUGGUAGACAGGCAAAGUGCUGCUGAAUUUUUAUUUAUUUUUUACCCUUAGUUUAAAACUUCCUGGUUGACCUGAGCUAAGUCUGGCAUGACAGCUUACUCUAUGGUCUUAACCCCUUCAUGCAUUAAUUAGGCUUAAGCAUGUUGCUUAUAUGAGACUGUUUAUCCCACACUUGUGGCAUGGGAGUGAUGUGGGCUCUCCUGGGAGGAAGUCUUCAGAAUCAGAGGAGGCUGGUACAGCAGUGUCCUCUGGCCUGGAAGGACGAUAAGAGGCACCACAUCAGUGGUGCUUGAGUGUGGGUUGUAACUGGGGACAAGUUAUAACAAUGAAUUAUCUGGUUAGAAAAAUGGGGAACUAGAAUAAUUAUAGAACAAGAGUGAUGGGCAGAACGUUUCAUCUGUAUCUCCCCAUCCCACACUCUUUCUGCUCUCUGGCAGAAUAUCAGCAAGGCUUCCAUGAGAUGCUCUUGCUUUUCCGUCUACUUGUGGAGAAGGAGCAUGAGAUCUACUGGCUCUUCCAGUUCUUCCUCCAAAAAACAGUAAGUUGGUUGGUUGGUUGGUUGGUUGGUUGGUUGGUUGGUUGGUUGAUUUGCACCUUGCCUUUGCAAGAAGAAGUGUCCAAAGCAGGUUGCAAUAUUUUUAACUAUUCAAGAAAUUUGCAAAAAUCAGAAUGGAGCCAAUAAAAGAGCUGAGCAGCAGAAGAAAUCAAAAUACAGCAGGGAGACUAAAGACUCAAACAGAAUGCUAAAUGCUUGCUGAAAAGCGCUUGGUGGCAGAGUUCCGCAGUCUGUAUGCUGUUGUGCAGAAGACCUUUCUCCUUGUUUCUCACCAACUGUACAACAGCUGGUAAGAACACAAGAAGAGUGCUGCUGGAUCUAGUCCACGAUUCUGUUGUAACCUUCUGGAAAGCCCACAAGCAGGGCCCAGGUGCAACAGGGCUUUCUUCACUUGUGAUCUCCAGCAACUGAUAGUCAGAGAUAUGGUUUCUAUCAGGUACUGUUAGCCAUUAUGGGUCCACACAGUCUCCAGAGUCAAAACACUUUAGAGCUGGUAGGGACUUUGGAAUUUGUACUCAACCCUCUGCUCAGUGCAUGGUCUGCAGUGCAGGAUUCUACAGAAUCCCCGAGAGAUGACUAUCCAGCCUCUGUUUAAAUGCUUGCACCAAUGGGGAGCCCCCAUCCCCACUUAAUGCAAUCCAUUCCCCUGGUAGAAAGCUCUUACUAUUAGGAAGAUUUGCUGAAAACGACUUCCUAGCCAGUCCCACUCCUUAGUUCUAGUUCUGGAACAGCUGAUAAUAAGUCAAUUCCAUCUUCUACUGCAUGCUGAAAUAUGAGAGGCCCCAUCAGUAUUGGCAUUCCACCGGCUUUUGAAUACACAUGUUUACACAAGCAUUCUCCUGACCUCCUGGCUGGAAUUCCUGGCUUUAAUUGUGGUUUUUGCUGUUACACUGCUUUAAUAGGCUUCUUUACUAUGUAUUUUAAUUGGCUUCUUUGUUAUGUAUUUUAAUUAUAGAUGUUUUAAUGUGGUUGUUUUACUAUUUAUUUUAAUUACAGGUAGCUGUAUUUUUAUAAUUGGUUUGAUACUCAUUAUUUGGCUGUGUGCUUUUAUUGCUUGUGAACUGCCUCCAUAUAUCAGUUCUAAUAACAACAACUGCCACCCUUCAGAUAUCUGAAGACAGUAUGCCACUGAAUACCAGUAUGUUGAUGAGUAACAGGGGAGCAGGGGGGCAGUGGUGCUUAUACCCUGCUUGUGGACUUCCACAAGCCCAGCCACUGUGUGAAACAGCAAGCUGGAUCCUAUCAAUAGAUAUGUAUUCUGAUACAACAAGGUUCAUGUGCUUUAACUCAUUUAUAUAUUUAUUAAGCCAUCCUGUGGGUCCUGAUGGAUGGAAAGCUUGGGGUGGAAGUCUUUUUAAAGAGUGCAUUUGCUUGAUGUAGGAAGGUCUCUGAACUCCAAAUAAAUGCUGGGGAUUUUCUUUAUAAAACAAAAUAGAAGACACGGGGCAGUGCACAGCUCCAGUUACAAUCUCUUGGAUCAAUGAGGCAAAGGACUUUCUGUUGAAGCAGAGGUGCAGGAGUGCCUGUUCUACAUUCUGUGCUGGGGAACAGAAGCUAGCACAUCCAGCAUUUUGCUAGAUAUCCUCAAUAGGGACUCUUCCCAUACAGGUCUGGGCAGAGUACAAAUGUGUCCCUGGAACAACUAUAUAUUUCGGUUUCCUGGGUGUCUUGGGGAGGACUUAUUCCCAUCAUGUGGACUGACCUAUGCAAGAUCAGGACGCAGCCAGCCUGCGCCAUCUGGCCUCAUCAUUCUCCUUUGAAUAUUUUCACAGCCCAGGAUUCUUGUUUUCCAGGAGAAUAGCUGCAUUAUGAACGUUGGGGUGGAGAAAAACCUGAUCAUGCUUAGAGCCUUGAUUGCAUUUAUGGAUCCAACCUUUGCAAAGCAUUUGGGUAAGUUCUGCCACCUGCCCAGUUUCUUCAGAUAUCACGCCACAUCAACAUGCCAGCAACAGUUUUGGGAUUGCCAACCACUCUAGCAGGCCACAAUAUAUGGGUAGUGAAAAGUAUUGUUGGCUUUAAGGAUCAGAAGUUAUACAGGCCAAGAUAUGUGUGCAAAGAGUCCCUAUUACUGAUAUUUAGUUACAGAGACAGAUUCUUUUCCUGCUUUUCUUUUAUUUGUUAUUUUCAAUUUUAUACAUUUCAAUAAUUUUACAAUCAUUUUAACAUUUCAAAACUCAACUUCCUUGACCCUCUUUCUGUGGUUCCUUAAAUUUUCUUAUAUAUUUUCUGCAUAUUCCAAAUUAAUUUAAUUUACUCAUUUGUUCAUCUACUUUAAAUAUAUAAAACUGCAGGUUAUUACAACAAUCCUGCCAACGUUCUUAUCUGUUUACAGUUUAUUUGUAGAUACAGUGGUACCUCAAGUUACAAACGCCUCAGGUUACAAACUCUUCAGGUUACAAACUCCGCUAACCUGGAAGAGUUACCUUGAGUUGAGAACUUUGCCCCAGAAUGAGAACAGAAAUCAUGUGCCGGCGGCGCAGCAGCAGCAAGAGGCCCCAUUAGCGAAAGAACGCCUCUAGUUAAGAACAGUUUCAGGUUAAGAACAGACCUCCGGAACGAAUUAAGUUCGUAACUAGAGGUACCACUGUAUUCCACAAACCAUUUCCAUUCUUUUUUAACAAGUUUGUUAUCUUAAUUUCUUAUUUUUCUGGUAAGGUUCACCAUUAAUAAUAAUAAUAAUAAUAAUAAUAAUAAUAAUAAUAAUAAUUUAUUAUUUGUACCCUGCCCAUCUGGCUGGGUUUCCCCAGCCACUCUGGGCGGCUUCCAACAAAGAUGAAAAAUACACUAAAAUGUCACAUAUUAAAAACUUCCCUGAACAGGGCUGCCUUCAGAUGUCUUCUGAAUGUCAGGUAGUUGUUUAUCGCUUUGACAUCUGAUGGGAGGGCGUUCCACAGGGCGGGUGCCACUACCGAGAAGGCCCUCUGCCUGGUUCCCUGUAACUUAGCCUCUCGCAGUGAGGGAACCGCCAGAAGGCCCUCGGAGCUGGACCUCAGCGUCCGGGCAGAACGAUGAGGGUGGAGACGCUCCUUCAGAUAUACUGGACCGAGGCCGUUUAGGGCUUUAAAGGUCAGCACCAACACUUUGAAUUGUGCUCGGAAACGUACUGGGAGCCAAUGUAGGUCUUUCAAGACCGGUGUUAUAUGGUCUCGGCAGCCGCUCCCAGUCACCAGUCUAGCUGCCGCAUUCUGGAUUAGUUGUAGUUUCCGGGUCACCUUCAAAGGUAGCCCCACGUAGAGCGCAUUGCAGUAGUCCAAGCGGGAGAUAACCAGAGCAUGCACCACUCUGGCAAGACAGUCUGCAGGCAGAUAGGGUCUCAGCCUACGUACCAGAUGGAGCUGGUAAACAGCUGCCCUGGAUACAGAUUUGACCUGUGCCUCCAUGGACAGCUGUGAGUCCAAAAUGACUCCCAGGCUGUGCACCUGGUCCUUCAGGGGCACAGUUACCCCAUUCAGGACCAGGGAAUCCUCCACACCUGCCCGCCUCCUGCCCCCCAAAAACAGUACUUCUGUCUUGUCAGGAUUCAACCUCAAUCUAUUAGCCGCCAUCCAUCCUCCAACCGCCUCCAGACACUCACACAGGACCUUCACCUCCUUCACUGGUUCUGAUUUAAAAGAGAGGUAGAGCUGGGUAUCAUCCGCAUACUGAUGAACACCCAGCCCAAACCUCCUGAUGAUCUCUCCCAGUGGCUGCAUGUAAAUGUUGAAAAGCAUGGGGGAGAGGACAGAACCCUGAGGCACCCCACAAGUGAGAGCCCAGGGGUCUGAACACUCAUCCCCCACACCACUUUCUGAACAUGGCCCAGGAGGAAGGAGCGGAACCACUGUAUGACAGUGCCCCCAGCUCCCAGCCCCUCAAGACGGUCCAGAAGGAUGUUAUGGUCGAUGGUAUCAAACGCCGCUGAGAGAUCCAGCAGAACUAGAAAACAGCUCUCACCUUUGUCCCUAGCCCGCCGGAGAUCAUCAACCAGUGCGACCAAGGCAGUUUCAGUCCCAUGAUGAGGCCUGAAUCCCGACUGGAAGGGAUCCAAAUGGUCCGCUUCUUCCAGGCGUGCCUGGAGUUGUUCAGCAACCACUCGCUCAAUCACCUUGCCCAAGAAUGGAAGAUUUGAGACUGGGCGAUAAUUGGCCAUCGUGGCCGCAUCUAAAGAUGGUUUUUUAAGAAGCAGUUUAAUAACCGCCUCUUUCAGCGGGUCUGGGAAGGCUCCCUCACGGAGGGAAGCAUUCACCACCCCACGAAGCCUAUCGCCCAGUCCUUCCCAGCUAGCUUUUAUAAGCCAGGAUGGGCAAGGAUCCAGGAGACAGGUGGUUGGCUUCACUCGUCCAAGCAGCCUGUCCACAUCCUCGGAGGUAACAGAUUGGAAUUGAUCCCCCGCAACUUGACUAGACAGGACUCUAGCACUCUCCGGCCCUGCUCCCAUGGUGGAAUCUACUUCUUCCCGAAUCUGAGCGAUUUUAUCUGCAAAAAACUUUGCAAAAUCAUUGCAGGAGAUCAUGUGGCCCGUACUGGGCCCCGAUGUCGCAGGUGGUUCCGCUAAAUUGUGAACCACCUGAAAAAGUCUCCUGCUGCUGUUUUCUGCAGAUGCAAUAGAGGCGGCAAAGAAAGUCUUCUUCGCCGUCGCUAUCGCCACUUGGUAGGCUCAACGUUGAGCUCUAACCUGUGUCCGGUCAGAUUUGGAAUGAGUUAUCCACCACCGGCGCUCUAGCUGUCUCAACGGUUGUUUCAAUGCCCUCAGAUCCGUGGAAAACCACGGGGCUGUCCGGGCUCCAUGCAAUCGGAGAGGGCACUUCGGAGCCAAACAGUCAAUAGCCCUGGUUAACUCCACAUUCCAGCGGGCCACCAGGGAAUCGGCUGAAAGGCCAUCAACAUGGGAUAAAGCAUCCCCUACGACUCUCUGGAAACCAUUUGGAUCCAUUAAGUGGCGGGGGCGGACCAUCUGAAUUGGUCCCACCUCCCUGCAGAGGGGAUGGGUCGCAGAGAAGUCCAUAAUUCCAUAAAUUUUUGUAUCCAUUCUUCUUUCACUGGGACUUUUUCUUCUUUCCAUUUUUGGGCAAGUAACUUUCUUGCAGCUGUAGUUGCAAACACGAAUAAAUUUCUAUACAAUUUGGGUAGUUCUGUCCCUAUAAUUCCCCAAAGGAAAGCUACAGACAGAUGUGUUCACAGUAAGAGCAAUUGGAUCAUGGAAUAAUUUGCCUGAAAGGUUGAAGGUCUUCAAGCCAAGGCUGAGCAGCCAUCUCUUGAGAAUACUGUAGCUGUGGAUUUCCUGCACAGAGCAGGAAGCUUAAGCAGAUGACCUACAUGAUUCUAUGUUUCUACCUUCUGUCCUCAACACAGAAGACAGCAGGACAGGAAGUCUUGUACCUCACUGUUCCAAGAUGCCAUCAGCAUCAUUGAUUCACAAAGCAACAAUAGGAAGGCAUUCCCAGGGGUGGUGGGCUCUCCUUUGCUGUCAGUACUUAAGCAGAUGCUGGCUGACAGGGCAUCCUAUCAGGGAUAUUGUUGUCGCAUCCUGCACUGCACUGCAGAUCCUACAUGGAUCAGGAAGUUGAACUAGAUGAGCUCAAAGGUACCUAUUUGUUCUGUUAGGUCAAUCAGCCCAGUCCCUCUGGGUUGAGAUUCAUGGGUACUAAAUUUCCAUUUCCUUAACAUUUCUAGAAGAGAAAGGUCGAGUGGUACAGUCCUUGUUCCCUUGGUUCUGCCUGUUUUUCCAGCGAGUUUUCAAGUCUUUUGACGAUGUCUGGAGACUUUGGGAGGUGAGUGGUUUUUGCUAUUUACAUGGCUGGAAGUUUAUGUUCCUGAAGAGAUGCUGGAUAGAAAACACCCCUCAGUACCUGUUUGGGUGACUAAAUGGACAAAUCGUCUCGGCUGGUAUAAGGCAGCUUCAUCUGUGCAUCUUAAUGCAUUGGCAUAUUUUGCUUGCUACCAUGCUGGCUAACUGGAUUUAGAUUGCUUCCACAUGUCAUUCCUAAGAGCAACAGUGAUAGAGAGGCAGUUCCUAAAGCAAAUGCAUAAUUAAAUGAGAAUAUAUAUCUAGAGAGAGAGGGAGGGAAAGGGAGAUUCUCAGCGCAGUCCUGGAAACCUGCAUUCAGAUUCCAGUGAGCAAAAUCUUCUCCGUGCAGCGGAUGCCACAGUGGAUUUUAAAUGCAAAAUCUGUUUCACUACGGCUGGCAGUUCUCUCCGUUUUGUUGACUCUCUGGGCAAAAAUUAGGGGGCUUGGCAGCCUUGCCAGACGAGAAGCAGCCUCUCCAUGGUACUGCGCCAGUUGCCUCCCUGAUGCUGGCCAGUGAUUCCUGCCAGCUACACAGCUGGUGCGCAUUAGUGGUUGCGCCACAGCUCCUCUUAAAGCCUUUUUCUUUUCUUUUUUCUUUUUUUGCCUUUUUAAGUCGAAUCCCAAAUGGAGGCCAGGACUGCUGCUGUAGCAGGAUGUUCUGACCCCGCCGAACAGCAGCCAUUUGUUUAGCAGCCUCAGCCACCCCUCCUGUACCCCGGCGCCUUUUAUUAUUUCAAUUAAUAUGUGCAGAGAAUUUUUCCCUUGUGUUUGUCCUUCCUGCUGAGUCGGCUCCUGCACACCAGCCGUUUGCCGGUAAUUAUGUGGAAGGGAGGUGAAAGGGCAAAGCUCCAUCUGGAUUGGGAAAGGAAAGUUCUUCGCUAUCUCCAAAGAAGCUCAAUUAAUCCAGGCCAUUAGGAUUUGUGUUGGUGUUAUUGUUGUAGCAGGUCGGCCUACUAGCCAGUUCCUCUAGGGGUCUUUGGGCUUCAAGCAGUUUAUUGCAAAUGCUGCCUAUCCUUCCUAGGCUUGUCAGACCUCAGAGUAUGACCUGAUCUUUUAAUGUUUCAGGGUUCUUCUAUGGGUCUCUAGUGGAAGGAGUAAAAUUUCAGGGUGAAGGGUCAGAAUCAAAGGGACAAGCUCAUUUCCUUAUGGCUUAAAGGGUUUCUUUUUUUUCUUUUGUAACCCCCUCUUCUCAUACAUCUGUCAGUCUCUAUCACCAAGAAACCAAGCAAAGGAAGGACUGUGGACCAGUGGUGGGGCAUCUGCUUUGUCAGUGUUUGAAAAGGAAAAGGUUCUGACCUCCUCUGUGAAAUAUACUCGGAGUCAAGAGUGGAUUUCAUGCUCUUUAUUCAGCUCAUAGUGGUGAGGAGGAAUGGAAGUUCCCCCCGAAUGUCUGCUUUAUAUACAUUAUUUACACAAUGGGCCCCACGUGAUUGGCUAAUUCCGGGAUUCACCUGUAGGCCAAUCAGGUUGCGGAUUCACUUCCACCUGGAGCUGGAUUAGGUGGCUCCUGUGGACCAAUCAGACUGCUGCAUUCUGGACCCUAUUGUUCUAGGACCAAUCAGACUGCUGCAUUCUAAAUCCUAUUGUUCUAGGACCAAUCAGACUGCUGCCUUUUGGAUCGUAUUCAACUCAGUACAUAACACUUUGCCUCCUUUGCCUGGUCCUUGAGAAAGAGUACUUUGCAGAAUGCUGCUUUUAUUCUUAAAAGUUGUCUUCUACAACCACGACCGACAGCUUUAUACAUAUCAAACGCAACCAGCUUUCGACCAUCCGACCAACCCACCGCACACACCAUCAAUGACCACUCUAUAUAUACAGGCAUAUGCAGGUGAAAGGUUGUAUGCAUCAUGCAGGCUUUGCCAAUUCAUUGUAGGCCGCUGACUCAUGCUCCUUUUGUAUUAAAGAAACAGCGGCUAAUUUUUAGCCGUCACAUGCUUUGCAUGUAGAAGGUCUCUCUGCCAAUCAGUGCAGACAAAUACUGAGCUUCCUACAUGCCUUAAGUCAGGCUUGUUCCAGCUAUGUGCAAUCCUUUGCCCAUGUCAUAGUCAGGGCCGUCUUUACCCAGGGGGUGCAAGGGGUGCAAGGCACCCAGGCGCCGAAUUCUGGGGGGGCGCCGGGCGCCCGCCGCUGAAGUCACCUAAACUCUUAACUGUCUACCUGUUAUGAAAUAAUAAAUAAUUUUGAUAAAGGUAGAAAAACAAAAUACAUAUAUACCUAGGUAUUACCGAAAUGUAUACCUAUUGUUUCACUAAAGGACUUUCGACUUUGUGCGCUCAUUUACCAAAGACGUGUCACGCUUGUCAUUCACAACGGUGGUGCUUGUCAGACUCAAUGAUGGCACUUGUCAUUCACAACAAAAGAUAAGGCAUAAGCGUGGUGUCUGACAUAAGCAUACUGGGGGUGCUGGGAGGAUCUUUGCACCCCAGCGGUGCAUAUGCUAAAGACAGGGCUGGUCAUAGUUGGGUUACAGGCAGAAGUCUUGGAUGAGCCCGGAACCUUGAAUUAAUAACCAUCGAACCAGCCAGUAAUCAGAGUUGAAGGACUCACUGAAAAGCAGAGCUGAGGAGCAAGCCAGAACCAAACAACCACCAAAGAAACAUGGACACGCUAGAGCACAAGAAGACAUUCCUGCUCAAAUAAAGCUCAUCUGGAACAGGAGUCCUUUUAUAAUGUCUCCUGCCCAAAAUGAUCCAAUGACCAGCCUGAAUGGGCAGAGUCAAUCCAGGGCAUGAAGAAUCCACUGAGAAGCUACCACCUCCAGUCCAGUAGUUCACCACACCAAUCCAGAUGUUCCUGAAAGUGUCACUAGGCUCCACCCCUCCCCUAACAGCUUCCACCCCUUCUGCACCAGCUGAGACCACCCGUCCCCUGAGCCACAGGAGACCUUAGUACAGGCUUCCUCAAACUCGGCCCUCCAGAUGUUUUGAGACUACAAUUCCCAUCAUCCCUGACCACUGGUCCUGCCAGCUAGGGAUCAUGGGAGUUGUAGGCCACAAACAUCUGGAGAGCCGAGUUUGAGGAAGCCUACCUUAGAAGCAACCUUGUCCCUGCCCUCUUUCCUCCACCAAAUAAUGCCACAUUUGUUUUCCCUGCACUGGUUUCGCUUACCUCUGUCUUGCUUAAGAAAUAACCAAAGGUCACCUUCUCUGUUGUACUGGCUAUGUGGCAGAAUUGGAUUUAGCUAAGCUCUAUUUAAAAAUAUGCAUGCGGAAAAAACUUUUCAGCCCAGAUCAGUCUGUGCUCCACAGGAAACCUGAGUUUUUCUGUUCAUAAAGGGCUUUGCUUCAUUUCCUGAAGGCUGCAGUGACUCAGUAUCCUAAUCUUGGGCAGGGCAUGGAGUGGGAAAGGAAAAUAUGGGGAAGGGAAAGCACCUGAACAGUAAGUUAUCUGGUCUCCUCCAAAUCUUGAAGCUGGGCCUCAUUGUGGCAGGAUAAACCCACAACGGUCACAUCCACACCUAGGAUUCUCAUCUUCCAAUUUUGUCUCUGCAUUUUAGAGUUCUGGAAUUGCCUGGCUUUGCGUCCAAAGUAGAUUCAAUGCAUUAAGAAUUCUCGAUUUUUCUUGGUUUUUAAACUCUCCAAAGGUUGCAUGUGCCACACACCGCAUGCACAUUCUGCUACAACUUUCGGCAACUCUGUUGCAUUUACAUCUUCCUUCCCCACCCCCCCAUCAUUAAUUUACACGCAAGCCUAGAUAAAAGGUGGAACAAAAAAGCCUAUUAAUAACAACAAUAAUAAAUAAGCUGUCCUUCAUCCUAAGGUCCUAGGGGAGGUUACAACAAUUAAAACAUAAAAUUAAAAGCAGUUUAAAACAUAUUGCAUCCUAGAAAUAAGGUGAGUUCUUAAAAUAUACAUCCCACAUGGCAAAAGUGUGGGUAAAGAGUUGCACCUGAAGAAACCAGAGGCCUUUCUCCUGGGCAUAGUCGGCCAAACGGUGUCAAAAAAGGAUAGAACUUUCUUUAUGUACGCAACAACAGCAGCAAGAAUACUCAUCGCAAAGUAUUGGAAGACGCAAGAGCUCUCCACACUGGAGGAAUGGCAGAUGAAACUGAUGGACUAUAUGGAACUGGCGGAAAUGACUGGUAGAAUCCGUGACCAGGGAGAAGAGUCGGUGGAAGAAGAUUGGAAGAAAUUCAAAGAUUAUUUACAGAAAUACUGCAAAAUUAAUGAAUGUUAGAGUGAUGUUGGAUUGAAAUUAAAUGGUUUCUAGCUAUACAGGCUUCAAAGUUAUAUAUAGAUUAAGAUUAAGGAUUAGGAAUAAAAAGGUUAAAAGAAUGGAAAAUUGGCUAUUAAUAGAUAAAAAUUUAAUGUUAUAUUAUAUUAAGAUUAAGGAUUGGGAUUAAAAAAGAGGGAAAGGAAUUGCUGGACAAAUAAACUAAAUUGGAAUACAAAAGAGGGAGGUAUGAGGAGGUCCAGAAAAUAAGUAAAUUCAAAAGUAGUAAUGAAAAGAUAGAAUUGUUUUUAACUGGGUUUUUUUCUUUUUCUUUUAUUUUUAAUUUUGUAUUUUGUAUUGUGUAUUUUUCUUUUUACUGUUAAAUUCUCUUCUAUUGAUGUGUUUCUUUUUAUCUGAAACUUUAAUAAAUAUCAUUAAAAAAAAAAAAAAAGAGUUGCACCUUCCGCACCUAAUUCUGUAUUGCAAUGCAAUAACUAAUGAAGAUUCUUUGGGUUGUGUUGUUUUACUAAUGCACAAGACCAAAGCCCCCCCCCCAAAAAAAACCAUUAUUGAUGUGCAACCACACCAAGAGAGCCAUUUUGCAGUGUUUUGUCAUUGUACCUGUGCACAGGGGAGGGGUCUAAGAGAUGCAAAUUCUCUGAAGGAACAGAAAGCUGUGAAUGAGGCAAAUUGUUGUUUGCCAUUUUCCUAGUUAAACCGGAAUCUGGGAUGAGUGGCACGCAGAGCAAAACAAAUCAGGAGAAAAACAAAGGAAGUUACAGAGGAAAUUGACUCAUUUCUAAGGCUCUAGGUUGCCUUGUGGUUCCUGCUGGCACCCAGCUGUGUGUCAGACUAGACACUUCCUUGAAUGGUGUGCUGAACUACUCCUUCUAUACAGAUCCUGAUAAGUCAGGGAUAAGAUUCUUUGCAGUGUGAUCUUCUGGUGUUACAAAACAGGCAUCUUCUAUAAUAACCAGGCAUCGCAGUGUGGCUCAUAUCACCUUGUUGUCAUCCUUUCUCCUUCAGACAUAGUGCAUGUCUUACACAAAACAACACUUGGGUGCACACAUUGCUGUCGACCUAAAAUGACUGAUGGGGAAGAGAAAGUAGAAUAAAUGCUAAGCAGAGAUUUCAAGCGGUUCAACCCUCUCCCUCGCCUGCUUCCCCAUGACAUCCACUGAUUCUAGUGAAGUAUGCUGAAAGAAUUCAAUUUCUGUGCAUUCCAGUGCAAAUUGAUCUGAUCUGCAGCAGCUCCCAGACCAAUGUGCUGAGUGAGAUGGAAUAAUCCUUCAGAUCUUACACUUCUCUGAAUCUUUCGGUACAAUUUUCAGCUCAAAAUGUAGCAAAGUGUGCCCAAAAUUGCAGAAAUGUGUUAAAAUAUGUACAGUGAUAAAGAACACAUACUUAAAUAAAAACUUUUGUCCAGAUCUUUUUUUAAAACAACAAUCAGCAAGUGGCAAAUAUUUGGGUUGCAGGGAGCAUUUUAGUCGCCACAUAUUCGGAAAAGGACAAUCAAAAUAAUCCAGGGAAUGCAGUGACUCCCCUACGAGAAGAGGUUAAAGCAUUUGGGGCAUUUGAGAUUAGAGAACAGGCGAGGAAAAGGUGACAUGCUAAGUUUAUGGAAUUAUGCGUGGCAUUGAGAAAGUGGAUAGAGAAAGGUUUUCUCCCCCUCUCACAACACUAGAACUAUGGCAAGUUCUUAAAGAAAUGGGAGUGCCUGAUCACCUCAUCUGUCUCCUGAGAAAUCUCUAUGUGGGUCAAGAAGCUACAGUCAGAACUGGAUAUGGAACAACUGAUUGGUUCAAAAUUGGGAAAGGAGUACGACAAGGCUGUAUAUUGUCUCCCUGCUUAUUUAACUUAUAUGCAGAAUUCAUCAUGCGAAAGGCUGGGCUGGAUGAAUCCCAAGCCGGAAUUAAGAUUGCCAGAAGAAAUAUCAACAACCUCAGAUAUGCAGAUGACACAACCUUGAUGGCAGAAAGUGAGGAGGAAUUAAAGAACCUUUUAUUGAGGGUGAAAGAGCAGAGUGCAAAAUAUGGUCUGAAGCUCAACAUAAAAAAAAAUGAAGAUCAUAGCCACUGGUCCCAUCACCUCCUGGCAAAUAGAAGGGGAAGAAAUGGAGGCAGUGAGAGAUUUUACUUUCUUGGGCUCCAUGAUCACUGCAGAUGGUGACAGCAGUCACGAAAUUAAAAGACUCCUGCUUCUUGGGAUAAAAGCAAUAACAAACCUAGACAGCAUCUUAAAAAGUAGAGACAUCACCUUGCCAACAAAGGUCCAUAUAGUAAAAGCUAUGGUUUCCCCAGUAGUGAUGUAUGGAAGUGAGAGCUGGACCAUACAGAAGGCUGAUUGCCAAAGAAUUGAUGCUUUUGAAUUAUGGUGCUGGAGGAGACUCUUGAGAGUCCCAUGGACUGCAAGAAGAUCAAACCUCUCCAUUCUGAAGGAAAUCAGCCCUGAGUGCUCACUGGAAGGACAGAUCCUGAAGCUGAGGCUCCAAUACUUUGGCCACCUCACGAGAAGAGAAGACUCCCUGGAAAAGACCCUGAUGUUGGGAAAGAUGGAGGGCACAAGGAGAAGGGGACGACAGAGGAUGAGAUGGUUGGAUAGUGUUUGCGAAGCUACCAGCAUGAGUUUGACCAAACUGCGGGAGGCAGUGGAAGACAGGAGUGCCUGGCGUGCUCUGGUCCAUGGGGUCAUAAAGAGUCGGACACGACUAAACGACUAAACAACAACAACAACAACAACAACAAACCUGAAUGAUGGAAGAUUCAGGACAGAGAAGAGAAAGGAUUUCUUCACACAGUGCAACACAGUUAAACUCUAGAACUUGCUCCCACAGGAGGCAGUGAGGCCACUAACUUGGAUGGCUUUAAAACAGGAUUAGACAAUUUCAUGGAAGAUCGGGCCAAUCAGUGCCUACUAGCCAUAAUGGAUAUGGGUGGUGCUGUGGUCUAAACCACUGAGGUGGCUCCUUACAUGGGUCUCCUGCUCCUCAUUUAACCCCUGCAAAAACCCUGUCGGUGUCAGGAGCCGAUACAGAACAACAAACCCCUGUGUUGCAAACUUAACACAACAAACAACACAAGCAACACGAAGACCAGUAAACUAGAUAGCACUGCAAUUCUUAUUGCAUAAUAUACAACAAAAACAAAUUGUGUACACUUGUAAAUUCCCUAAUAUAUUUGAAAUCAAAUGAACACACGUCUGUCAAUCUUUGAAAGUCUGUAGAAGUCUAAUGGGUCUCUAGUUGAAACAAAGUGAUAAAUGCUAUCCUGUGGGCUAGGUGGUAAAACUUUUUAGGCGUUCAUAGUGCCGAAGUAGUAAGUGAAUAACAACGUAGGACAGUGAUCCCGGAUAAUCUGACUGUUUCGCUGGAAUUUACAAGUGUACACAAUUUGUUUUUGUUUUUGUUGUAUAUUAUGCAAUAAGAAUUGCAGUGCUAUCUAGUAUACUGGUCUUCGUGUUGCUUGUGUUGUUUGUGGUGUCAGGAGCCAGCCAGCAGUAAAUGACACAGAGUUAAGUGAAGCUAACUCUUCAUUAGAAAAAUCAGGAUCGGCACAGGAGUGCCAGGCCUAAUGAGCACACCAGCUCUCUCUGGUAGGUCUUGCCCCUAUGAGGCAGUUGUGGAGGCUGGAGGUCCCUGCCGUCACACAGCUGCCUAAGUGCUCUCCUCUCCCAGGGUUUCUGCAAGCAAUCUGAGACUGCGCCAGUAUGCCUGUCCUCUGCUCCUCCUGCUUCAUGCCUCUGCGGGUUCUGGGAGACCAGCGAGGAGAGGAGGCUGUCGCAGCAGCAGCAGAGACACCUGUGCCUAUUCACCAGCCAGACUCUCUGCCUCUUGGAUUCCUUCCUCUCCUGCUUCUGAUUCUGGACUUCUCUCUGCCACAGACUCUCCCAGCUCACCAAGCCCUUUUACCCCUUUAGCUUUGUUGCUGUGGUCUAAACCACUGAGCCUCUUGGGCUUGCUGAUCAGAAGGUCAGCAGUUUGAAUCCCCACAACAGGGUCAACUCCCGUUGCUCUGCCCCAGUUCCUGCCAACCUAGCAGUUUGAAAGCAUACCAGUGCAAGUAGAUAAAUAGGUACCGCUGUGGCGGGAAGGUAAAUGGCGUUUCAGAGCGCUCUGGUUUCCAUCACGGGGUUCCGUUGUUCCAGAAAUGGUUUAAUCCUGCUGGCCACAUGGCCUGGAAAGCUGUCUGUGGACAAACAGCAUCUCCCUCAGCCUGAAAGGGAGAUGAGCGCCGCAACCCCAUCGUCACCUUUGACUGGACUGAAGCGUCCAGGGGUCCUUUACCUCCUUCCUUCCUUCCUUCCUUCCUUCCUUCCUUCCUUCCUUCUUUUUUGCCCUGGAUCCAGGGUCAGAGGCCUUUCUGAAUUCCAAUUGCUGGAGACCACAGCAAGGGAGAGUGGUCUUAUUCUCAGGUUCUGCAUAUGGGUUUCCCACAGACAUCUGGUUGGCUGCCUGUGAGAACAGGAUGCUGGACUAGAUGGGCCAUUGACCUGAUCCUGCAGGUUCUCCAUAUGUUCUUAUUGGGGUGAGGGGACAAGCCAGUGUGGUGUAGUGGUUAAGAGCAGUGGACUUGUAAUCUGGUGAACCGGGUUCGCUUCCCCGCUCCUCUACAUGCAGCUGCUGGGUGACCUUGGGCCAGUCACACUUCUCUGAAGUUUCUCAGCCUCACUCACCUCACAGAGUGUUUGUUGUGGGGGAGGAAGGGAAAGGAGAAUGUUAGCCGCUUUGAGACUCCUUUGGGUAGUGAUAAAGAGGGAGAUCAAAUCCAAACUCCUCCUCCUCCUCCUCCUCCUCCUCCUCCUCCUCCUCCUCCUCCUCCUCUCCUUCUUCUUCUUCUUCUUCUUCUUCUUCUUCUUCUUCUUCUUCUUCUUCUUCUAUGAAAGAAUGGGAACCCGGAAUUUGGCACAGGAUUCUAUGGUAUAAUGUAUCCCAUUAUAUGACAAUAUGGGAAUGAAUGUUAAAUAAUUGCAAAGAUUUGUUAAAACUGUGACAUAAGCUAAUUUUUAAAUCUCCUAAUAAAUACACAAACACAGGACAAGCUGUUUUAGAGGUAAUAUAACAACAAAAUGUGUUGGAGAUAAUAUUCAAAAUGUAUAGUUCACACAAGAACAAUAGAUCAUGUGUAAGCAAUAUUUGUUACAACACCCUCCAGAAUAUUUAUAAUGGUGGUAUUUUACUUUUUUUUUAACUUUUUUGGGGGGAAAUCUUCUCUGUCUAUACAAAAUUAGAGUUCAGAUUUUUUUAAUGGGAAAAAAUAUCACAGAUGAAUGCAGAGAUGGAACAGACGUAUGAAUGAGCACACAUAUAAUUGGCACAGGCUGGGAAUAGACUGAUCCGUUCACCCCUAAUUCUAGCUUGUGUUGGUCUCCUCCAAGGUGUUUCUGACUGGGCUGCCUUGCAGAAACUUUCAAGUGAUUGUAGCCUACACAAUGUUGCAGACAGUGAGAGAUCAGAUCCUCAGAGAAGAUAUGAAUGGAGACGACAUUUUAAUGGUGAGUCAGACUAUCAGAACACCUAAAAGUUACAUGAGAUACAAUUUAAGCACCAGGACUAUAAUCUAGGGUACCCUGGAAUUCCCACAUAGGCAAGCUACCUACAAAAAUCUUGGUGAACAUUGUAUGCUGCCCUGAUAUUUUAUGAUACAGUGGCAUACAUAUACUCUUAUACAUAAAGAAAUGCUGAAUGGUGAAGUUGUAGGGUUGGAAGGAAAGCAACAGAGCAUGCCUAGGGAACUUCUAGAUGUUUGCUACUGCCUGCCACAGAGAUUAUAAUGCACCAAUACGAGCUAACCGUAUUCAGCAACCAUGCUAUAAAUAAGGGGUAGGAAACCUGUAACCCUCUGGAUAUUAUUGACCUCCAACACCCAUCAGCCCCAGCCAGCCUGGUCAAUGGUUAGGAAUGAUGGGAAUUGUUGUCCAGCUACAUCUUGAGGGCCACAGAUUUUUUAUCUCUGCUGCCGCCAAUUGGUUACUCUCCUGGUAAAGGUCAUUUUCAAGUUUAUUCUUUUACAUGUGCUUUUUUACUCUUUAGACUCUUUGGUUCAAGCCCUAUGGUGGGCAAAAAAGAUUCCUGCAUUGUGGGGGGGGUAGAACUAGAUGAUACUCAUGGUCCCUUCCGACUCUACAAUUUUAUUAUUCUGUGAAGUUUGUAGUAGUUGGGGGAAAUUAACAGAUCACAUUCCACUGUGUGGAAUGUGCUUUAAUGUUUUAUUAAUAUUCUUAAAUAUGCUUUAUACAUCAGCCCAGCAGAUUGUAACAGCCUGGAUCCUGGAAAAAAUGCCAAGUUCAUUUGGAUGGACUUGAAUUGAACUGUGAACUGAAUGUGAACGGACUAGUUCAUUUUGUGAAGGAACCAAUAUUAGUUCCUUUUUAAACAUUUUGAAAACUAGUCCCUAAAUAAUAGCUUUCUAAGCUCUGAGUUUAAUUCAGAUAUAACAAUCAAUGAGUGCACAGUCUGGGCACACAAUAGUUGAGUGGUACAAAUCAACACGUCUAACCCUUUUAUGCAAACACAUGGACCUGUCUUUGGUGUAAUGUGUGAACAAGACUCAAUGACAGCAAGGAAGAGCAAUAGCAGAGUCAGGAGGCUCCAGGGGUUGGCGGUGCCAUCCUGCAGGAUGGCGGGCAUCACCAGUGAUGCUUCCCACUGGUGCUGGAGCCGACUGACUUUUAGUCUGAUCAUUGUGGGGAAAACCAGAUGAUACUCAGGGUCCCUUCCAACUCUACAAUUUUAUUAUUCUGUGAAGUUUGUAAUAGUUGGGGGAAAUUAACAGAUCACAUUCCACUGUGUGGAAUGUGCUUUAAUGUUUUAUUAAUAUUCUUAAAUAUGCUUUAUACAUCAGCCCAGCAGAUUGUAACAGCCUGGAUCCUGGAAAAAAUGCCAAAGAUCAUUUGGAGGAACUUGAAUUGAACUGUGAACUGAAUGUGAAUGGACUAGUUCAUUUUGUGAAGGAACCAAUAUUAGUUCCUUUUUAAACAUUUUGAAAACUAGUCCCUAAAUAAUAGCUUUCUAAGCUCUGAGUUUAAUUCAGACAUAACAAUCAAUGAGUGCACAGUCUGGGCACACAAUACGUUGAGUGGUACAAAUCAACACGUCUAACCCUUUUAUGCAAACACAUGGACCUGUGUUUGGUGUCAUGUGUGAACAAGACUCAAUGACAGCAAGGAAGAGCAAUAGCAGAGUCAGGAGGCUCCAGGGGUUGGCGGUGCCAUCCUGCAGGAUGGCGGGCAUCACCAGUGAUGCUUCCCACUGGUGCUGGAGCCGACUGACUUUUAGUCUGAUCACUCCACAUUCUUCUUAUAUUCUAAUAUUUUCAUAUCAGAGACUGCAAUACAUUUGCAACCAAACAAACAAAAAUGGCAAUAUAAACUGUGAAACAGCAAGCCUGGGUGACUGAUAAGCUGUCACUUUUCUUCUCUGUUACAGCUGUGCAAUAACAUCGUAGAUCUGGAUGCUGAUGAAUUGAUCUCCAAAUCCUGUAACACAUAUGAGGUUCUCCUGAAAUAUAAAGAUAAGGUAAAGGGGGCGGGACCUGGAACUCUCCUUCCAAUAUAAUAUUUCUGGGUUCAGAGAAGGAUUCCAUACACAGGCUUAAGCUUUUUCUUAAAAAAGCGUGUCCUCACAAUAACAAACAAAGGCAACUCAAACUCAAACACAACUAGACUUUGUUAUUAAUUAGGCAAAAGCCUGAGAAAUGUCACUGUUGGGGGUACACCUGGUGCAAAUACCCCUGUUCCCCUCUGUGAGGUCAUUUGUUCCCUGCCACUUCAGGCAGUUUCCCUAGUUAAAAAAAGGGUGGCAGGAGGUGAACAAUGAUAUAUUCCCUUUGUUAUAUAUAUAUAUUGCUGAUGUGUCCUCCAUUUGUCCUCAGGUUCCGAAGGAGUUCAAGGAGUUCUUUGGUCAGUCACUGUAAUAAAGGUGCCCUGUUAUAAAAGUUGAAAGAGUCACGUGGCCUGGGU